CUCUGUAGUGCGCAAUCUCUUCCGGUUGAAAAUCUGCUCGCUUCUCCACUCACCAGCACCGGUGGCGGACUGUUAAGAUUUAGAAGGCAGAACGAUUGGAAAGCCGCACACAAGAUCAACAUGUCUGCCGAACUGCCUAAAAAUAUUAAUGUCAAGGAGCCCCGCUGGGAUCAGGAGACGAUGUCUGGAAGAGCAAAGCACUUUUUUACUGUAACAGACCCCAGGAAUAUUCUGUUAACCAACGAACAGCUGGACAAUGCGAAAAAAAUAAUACACGAUUACAGGCAAGGUUCUGUGUCCCCAGGCCUGACAGAAGAUGAGCUCUGGAGGGCGAAGUACAUCUACGACUCCGCCUUCCACCCGGAUACCGGGGAAAAGAUGAUUCUGAUUGGCAGAAUGUCUGCCCAGGUGCCAAUGAAUAUGACCAUCACAGGAUGUAUGAUGACCUUCUACAAGACAACCCCAGCGGUUAUUUUAUGGCAGUGGAUUAACCAGUCUUUCAACGCAAUAGUAAAUUACACCAAUAGGAGUGGAGAUGCACCCCUUACUGUAAGUCAGCUCGGUACAGCCUAUGUGUCUGCCACCACCGGUGCUGUUGCUACUGCUUUAGGACUUAAUGCACUAACAAAGCGUGUUUCACCACUUAUUGGCCGUUUUGUUCCCUUUGCCGCUGUAGCUGCUGCUAACUGUAUCAAUAUUCCACUAAUGAGGCAAAGGGAAUUGAAAUACGGUAUUCCUGUCACAGAUGAAAACGAUAACCGGUUAGGAGAAUCAACAAAAGCGGCCCAGCAAGCCAUUACACAGGUGGUCAUCUCCAGGAUCCUGAUGGCUGCCCCUGGCAUGGCUAUCCCACCUUUCAUUAUGAACACUUUGGAAAAGAGAGCCUUUUUAAAGAGAUUUCCAUGGAUGAAUGCCCCGAUCCAGGUGGGACUGGUUGGCUUCUGUUUGGUGUUCGCAACUCCCCUGUGUUGUGCGUUGUUUCCACAAAAGAGCUCCAUAUUAGUGAGCCGCUUGGAGCCUGAACUACAAGAGAAGAUCAGAAAGACAAACCCUGGUGUGGAACGUGUCUACUUCAACAAAGGACUGUAAACACAAGGCCAUUUCAGACUCCACAGACUACAUGCGAAGAACGCAGCUUGUUAGGAAUUUUCAGUCUGUGUGCCAAAGUUUGAUUAUCAUUAUUUUUCCUUAAAGGUUUUACCCAGUGUGUCUUUUUAAUGUGUUCACUGUUUUAAAACACAUGUUACAUAUCAAACCCAUGAAGGUUUCAAUUGUUUAGCAAUGGCAAAGAACUGAAGUUAGACACACCGUAUUGUCAUUCAUUGUUUACUAAUAUCUUACUUGCCAAAAAGAAGCCAUGAAACUGAAAGGUCCUUUAGUUUUAUAUUUAACUAACCUAUUGCAACCAAAAAAAAAAAAAAAAAGAAAUUUAUUACAAAAUGCUUUAUUUCAGAAUCUUUCUUUUCAAAUUUGUUUUAGAAGUGCAUAUUUGUUAAAUAAACUAAUUGCCAAUGAAUCCAAAUCUGUUUAAACACAGCCCUUUAGUAAAAGAUUAAAAGAUAUUACUGAGUUUUAGGGGAUGGCAAAAUUUGAGUUUAAUGUUAAUGAUGGACAACAAUUUACAGCGUCUGUGGUCAGAAAUGCUGAAAAUUACUAAAGGAAGACAGUCACACCUUCGUGCCAGUGGUAUACUGAUUACAACAACAUUAUUAAGCACAAGCUACAAUGCAUGCACACACAAACUACCAAUGGCACUGAGUACCAGUCUUUAUUAUUAUAAUUAUUAAUAAGGUGCUGAAAAGACUGUUUAUGAUUUAGCCGAAAUGGUUCCUAAAAUUUUAAGACUUGGUCUGCCUUCUCUUAUUGCAUCUCUAAUUUCACCGUGCAAGAAUCAAAUAGAUUGUGCCACGUCAAAAUCAGUGAUAAGUUUCUUUGACCGAAGCUUUUGACCUUUUGCAUUGAACAGCCCUAAAUGAUGACAGUUUCACUGUAAUAGAACAGUUACCAAGAUCAAGGUGUGACAACAGCAGCAACAUAUUUCAGGAGAAUUUUUUUUAUUAUUAUUUUGCCAGGAUGUGCAAUAAUAGAUACAAAUCUAGAAAAAUAAACGGUUCUAUUUAAAUAUGGUUUACAAUAAAUAUGUGAUGUAGAGAUUUCAAUACAGGUUUUAAAUUGGUAGUGGAAUGUCUUGACAGUGUUUCGUUGUUAUUGGAGGUGUUGUAUUGUGUAGAUUAACUGGAAGAAAUAAAGAUACAUUUUCACUGGA